UAAACACAAACAGGAUGUACCUAUAGUAGAUAAGAGAUGUAUAGUGAUGUGAAAUUGAUACGUGCAAAAUAAGAGCAGUAAAGAACGCAAUUGUUUUAUCAUUAGACACGCUUUAUUUCAAAUCAGUGUUCAAGUCAACUUUUGCUAAUGGAUGGUUAUAGACAUACUUUCUACAAUAAGAUUAUGUAAGUACAAAAUGUUGGUGGUUCAGAUCGUAUUGUUUACUACUGCUAUAAGCUCAUUGCGUGCGUGUCCUCAUUCACGACAUGUAAAUGUUGACAAUGACCUGUUAGUCGACCUUAUCAAGCGAAUUGAAGAAAAGGAUGAAGCAAUCAAAGAGCUACAACAGAACCAACAACGUCAAGAAAAAAUUGUAGACAAACUGCGCAGAGAUAUCGAUCAAAUAAAAAUGGAAAAUGGAAAAUUACGAGAAUCUUAUUUGAAGUGCGAAGACCAAAUUGCGUCAGUUAGUCUUAGUGUUCUAUAUAUGGUACACGAAUUCAACACUACUGACACUUUUUUGAGUGAAUCCAAAAAUACCAAAGCGUCGACCACUGCUAAAUAUUUUGAAGACAUAUUGAUACACAAUUCGAGUGUAACACUUGAUCAAGUUUCUGCAACAACCAAACGUUCGCGACACCCAAAACCUAAUACACGUCACGAAGAUUAUCGUAAACAAAACGAACCUGAUUCAUAUGGAAACACCAUAGGGAAAAGGCAUGCUGGAACAGAUUUGGUGGCAUUUUUUGCUACGCUGGACCAUCCCGCAUCAAAUCUUGGCGUCGGUCAGAAUCUGAAGUUUGAUAAUGUAAUCACCAAUAUUGGUUCAGCGUAUAAUCCGCAUUUCGGGGGAUUUAUUGCCCCAGUAUCCGGUGUAUACGUGUUCAUGUCCACAUUGUUGUCAUUCGCAGGACAUGAGGACAACUUUGAACUGAAGCGCAAUGGAGCUACUGUCUGUAAAAUGCAUGUUGCCGGUACAGGCGGUGGUAAUAACGAUAGUACUUCAGGAAGCGUUGUGCUCUAUCUAGACAAAGGAGAUGUGAUCGCCAUACAAAACAUCAACUUAGGGGAAGGCGUUCUUGGGAAUCAGUAUUCUUAUUUUUCAGGAUUUCUUUUGAAACAACUUGAGCGCAAUCCUUCUCUUGUCGGAUAAGUAUGCUUGUUGACUCAAAAUGAAAUCAAGCUAUUACAAUUUGUUAGUAAUUGGUGUUUAAAUGGAUUUAUUGUUAUGUUUCCUUACAUUGUAAUACAACGAUUAUUGUAUUAUGUUGAUAAUAUUAUUGCCCCAAUUUGUUUCCCUAAAGAAACACGCUUAUAACACUAUUUUAUGUUAUAGUUUUCACCGCAAAUAGCAUGAUGAUUAUUUCUAAAUAUUGUAAAAAAACUAAUAGACCUUAGGGUUUAAAAAGACAUACACUCGCUCGGCUGUUACAAGCUCGUCAAAUAAAAAGCUGCACUACUUAAAGUACAGUGCACAAUUUUAUAUCUUAGAUAACGGAUCUAACGGGCGGACACUAAAGCUAUCAUAAAUUGUAUGAAUCUGAGACACCGUAACAUUCGAACGCGUCUUUUGUAUGCAACAACUCAAUACCAAUCUCUUGAAAACGGGAGACGCACCAUUCACCGCACGGAUGGGCUCGGAAAGGAGUGUCAGCAAAUGAAAAUGGGCCGUGCUCUGUGAAAAUGGGUUUAAUGCAUACGCGUGAUGCAUUCCCAGGCCACACACCUUUCUUCCUAUUGGAUUGUUGUUAAGAAGAGACUUUCUUUAAAAUAUCAAAGAAGCGGAAAGUGUCGUCCCUGAUUAGCCUGUGAGUAUUGCACAGGCUAAUCUGAGACGACACUUUAAGUGUAUGCAUUAAACCCCUUUCCACAGAGCACGGUUCAUUAAUAUUCUAUGGAUUCACACGAGUUUGAGCGAGCUUCAUGUACGUCGAACAUGUCUGUCGAUCCGAACCUUUUCCAACUUAAGGGCAAAAUAAAAACACGAUAGCGGUUACAAUACGCGCCUGGUUUAAUGGAAUGCUUGCGUGGUGUAGAAGUAGAGCGUUUUCGGUAACCAAGAAAGGACCCCGGUUCAAAUCCCUCAGCAGGCUAACGCUUUUAUGUGAUGGAUUCUUCCUGAUCGUUGUGGAUACGAUGCAACCAUUAUUUUUUAAUGUGAGUUGAUAAUUUACUAUCCAUUGUUUUCACAUAUUAAAACAUAUGUUUUCAAAAUGGAACUUUUGUGCAAAUAAAAACAAGGCGAUUCUGUGUUUUUUGCUUGGGUUAACAAUGUGCACGUUUAUGGGUCCGAUUGCUUUCGUUAACAAAAGACUUAUAAGCAGUUUAGGAUAGUCGUUUAGUAAUGAAGACAUUUUUCAUAAUUCGUGUAACCUAUUAAAUUCUUAACGGCAGCAUGUUAUGGCCUAUUAAUUUGUGGCAAAAGUUCUGCCCCUGAAAGUGCAGCUGGAACUUUAUAUGUUUGCCAUAAAACAGGAUAUUUGUCUAUUGUUAAUGAAUGAUAUCUUAUAAAAAAAACUGUCUCGUUCAACGUUUGUAUUAUCCUCUAGCUGUUUUUAAUGCAUAAAACAAACUUAUGCAUAUAGAUUGGUAUUCUUUUUUGGUUUAAUAAAAGGGAAGAUAACAAUA